AUGAAUUUGUGCCCGUUACUGAAGAGUUGUGUCUCAAUUUCCAAAAUAAAAAUACCAGUACUCAUUAAUUUUCGAGGUUAUGUUACGGAAGGUUACUCUGUCGAAGAUAUUUUGUUCAAUGGCUUGAAGAACAUGAAAUCGAAAACGCACCAAACAAACUCGGAAUUACGAGAGCAACUCCCGUAUAAGCUGCAUGUAAAAUGCAGUAAUAACAACACCCAUGUUACAUUCUGCGGAACAGACAACCUCAUUAUACACACUGCCUCAGGAGGAACUGUCGGCUACAAAAAAGUAAAACGAGGAGAAUACGAUGCAGCAUACGCGGCUUGUUCCGAAGUGCUAAAAAAUAUUAAAGAAAUGGAACUGAAAGUUUCCCGGCUGGAGGUUAUUUUUUCUGGGUUUGGAAAGGGACGAGAAGCUGUACAAAAGUGCCUUUUGGGCAAGGAAGGCUUUUGGAUUCGGGACAAAAUUGUUCGGGUGCGAGACGCAACUCCUAUUAAGUUCGGCGGAAAUAGAGCUCGUAAAGCUCGGAGAUUAUAA